AUGGAUAAUCAAAUGCAAAAAUUAUUAGAAAAAAUUCAAGAGCAAAUGAAACAGCAGACUAUCACUAUAACAGAAGCUGUAACCAAAAAUGUUGUGCAACAAAUUAAUGAGCGAUUUAAAAAGAUAGAUGACGAAAACAAACAACUUAAAAAUUCAGUCAAAGAACUUAAGGAGAAAAUUAAAGGUCUGGAAAUGGCUAAAAAGAAAACUAACAUACUACUCUUUGGAAUAAAGGAAGACAAACAAGAAGAGUUAAGUUUGGUAAAAUACAUAUCGGAAAAACUUAAUUGUCAUCUUGGAUUAAACAUACAAGAGCACGAAAUUAUGAAUACCUAUAGAAUUGGAAAGAUAAAAAAUACGCCUCGACCUAUUUUAAUAUCCCUUGUAUCGUACUGGAGAAAAAUGGAAAUAAUGAGAUCGAAACAUAAGCUACCCCAGGGUAUUUAUGUGAAGGAAGAUUAUACUAAAGAAAUAUUAGAAGCACGCAAAACAUUACAACCAAAACUUGAAGAGGAACGAAGGAAGGGCUUAUCUGAAAGAGUUGCAAUACUUCAACUUGAGUUCAACAAAAAGAUAAUAUCAAUAAUUCAAGUGUAUGCACCAACUGAAAAGGCUUCUAAAGAAGAAAUGGAAAAAUUUUACGAAUCACUGCAAGAAGCGCAAGCGCAGACUAGCGGAGAUGUACUGUUAAUGGGAGACUUCAAUGCCAAAGUAGGGAUAGCUAAAACAAAAGAAGAUAAGAUUCUAGGUAAAUUUGGUUAUGGAAAAAGAAACGAAAGAGGUGAAAAGCUCAUAGAAUUUGCCUUCGAACACAAACUGUCGAUUAUGAAUACGUAUUUUAAAAUGAGACAAAAUCGAAAAUGGACUUGGAAAUCACCAAAUGGAAAAGUAAAGAAUGAAUUAGACUAUAUCCUAUCAAACCAGCCCAAAAGUAUAAGGAAAAUAGAAGUACUGCACGGCUUAGGGUAUAGUUCCGAUCACAGACUGGUUAGAGCAACUUAUUCUUUACAAAAUACUAAAAAAUGUAGGAUAUCGUUCAAAUCAUCCCCAAAUAUAUUCAAAACUGAAAAAGAAAUAAUGAUGUACACUAGAAAUUUAGAAAACAACAUAAAAGAACUUGAACCUUUUGAAGACGACGAUGUCCAGACCCUAUACAACAAAAUAGAACACGUCAUUAAAAAAAGCAUAUCAACAAACGAACACAAAGAGGAACAAAGCUUUUCAACAUUAGACCAUAUUCAUGUAAUGGAGCAAAUAAUAGAAAAGUACAAGGAGUUCAACAGACCAAUAUAUAUAGGUUUUAUCGAUUACGCUAAGGCGAUACGAUUUGAUACGAUCUCACAUGACGCCAUCUGGGAGGCACUGGACAAAUGUCAGGUCCACGACAAGUACAAAAAUGUCUUGAAGAACAUUUACGACAAGAGCACCAGUUGUGUGAAACUAGAGAACCGAGGACCUGAAAUACCUAUUCUAAGAGGAGUGAGACAAGGAGACCCACUUUCCCCGAAGAUCUUUAUAGCAGUGCUGCAUAACAUUUUUGAGGAGCUGAAAUGGAAAAACGAAGGCCUUAAAAUAUGUAACCAAUACUUGAGUCACCUCAGAUUUGCAGAUGAUAUAGUCCUCUUAGCUGAUAACAGUAGAAAACUUGAAAAAAUGAUAAACCAAUUGAAUGUACAAAGUAAAAGAGUAGGCCUAUUAAUGAAUAAAGACAAAACAAAAGUAAUGACAAACAGCGUCAAACAUCCAAUAAAACUUGAAGGAAAAACAUUAGAAUUCGUAAACAAAUACAUAUAUCUAGGAAAAGAAAUAUCAUUUGAAGACAGAAGCGAAGAAGAAGAGGUACAACGUAGAAUAAAUAUGAGUUGGAAAAAAUAUUGGUCACUCAAAGAGAUAAUGAAAGGAGACUAUCCACUCCACCUGAAGAAAACAGUUAUGGAUACAUGCAUCUUACCAACUCUCACAUAUGGUUGCCAAUCGUGGACUUUCAACACCACCAUAAAAACAAAAAUGGUUAAUUGCCAGAAAGCUAUGGAAAGAAGCAUUCUAAAAAUAAAAAUAAAAGAUAAAGUAAGAAGUGAAUUUAUACGAAAAAAGACAAAAUUAAUUGAUGUCCUAAACUUCAGUAAAAGAUUAAAGUGGCGAUGGGCUGGCCACGUAGCACGCUACAGUGACAAACGAUGGACAAUUGAAGUGACAAAAUGGAAAGGGCCUAAUGGGAAAAGAAGGAAAGGACGACCUAUGAAACGAUGGAGUGAUGAUAUCAUAGUCACCGCUGGGAAGGAGUGGAUGAGGCAGGCUCGGAACAGAGAAAAUUGGAUUAAGCUGGAGGAGGCCUAUACCCAAAUAGGGGUUCCUGUCGAGGAAAAUUGA